AUGCCUCCGAUAUCCUCGCAGCGGCGCGCCUUGACCGAAGAGGCCUCAUCGCUCUCCGAUGACGAUGUCGGUUUUCUCUACCAAGUUGUCAGUCGCGCCGAGGGGAAACCCGAGGUUGAGCGACUUCCAUUCCGAGCGCUUUUCGCGGCAUACGAUGAGGUGAUCAGUGAACAUGGAGUUGACGCGGACCCGGGCCAUGCAUGCCUACGAUUUCUCUUCAAAAUGGGGAGCAAAGAGGUGCAGGGACCCUCGCUCUUCGACAAAUUCGAGAGCGCGCUCCAGCAGAUGGGAAUCUUGAUUGAAUUUGGAGACGACGGCUCCACAGGUCUCAACGAAACGACACAAAACGAGCCUUCGGUCCUCGAUGGAACGGCUAGCCACGCAGGUGUCGAGAACCAUUAUCCUAUCACAAAUGGAACCCCGAUUACACCUCGAAGGCGUGCGUCGUUCAAUACUACACUCGACAUUGGAGAAGAUGCCACUCAGAAAAGCUACGUCGAACGCCCAAGCUCACGCGCAUCUAUGUCUCGACUCGAGACCGGAAAGCCCGACUUCUCAAAGCUGAAGUUAUCCCCGAGGCCCAAAGCUCAGGAUCCACGGUCAAAAUCUCCGGAUCGCACGCAACUGAUCGCGCAGUUUUUGGACGUUGGUCGCCGAUUGAUAAGUCGGUUUGAGGCUGCACAACAUCGGAAUAAGAGCGACGAGCAGGAAAAACCUCCAUUGACGAAUGGCAUUGUUGCACGCUCAGCCGUUCACCAUGAUCGCUCAAAGCGAAUGGCCGAGGGCGCGAAAACCCGUCGCUCGCCCUCAAUAAGUUCAUCGGACACAUUCGAGUCCGGUGAAUCACACUCCGAAGUGUCACAGGCGACAGGGCAUGAUUCUAUUGGUAAAGAAAAUGUUCCGCCGGAGAUGCUCUACCGACCUCAACUUUCGGACUUGCUUCGAGACGCAUCUACAUUCAAUAUGUACCGACAACGAGCAAAUUGCCGCCGGAUAUUGACGCAAUGGUUGAAACAAGCCUUCCACGCGCGACAUAUUCGUGAGACCAGAGAGUCUGUCGCUAUCAAUCGUGACCGAAGCGCAUUGCUCCGACAGGCAUUUGAGCCGUGGCAAGCAAUUAUUCAGGACAAGCGUCAUACAGCCAGGACGGAGCGUUUCUUUAAGCACCUCGAGGAACGUGCCAGUCGUGCCCGAGACUUGUAUCUGAUGACGAAAGCAUUCACUCACUGGGCUCAACUCACAUCGGAGGAGGUCGCCCGCACGUCUGCAGCUCGAAGACAUGUGUUGAGUGUCAAAUACUUUAAUGCCUGGCGGGAGAUCACUGCUGUCAACGAAUUGAAAGCCCAGCGGUUUGCUUUGCAAAGACCGUUUAAUAAGUGGCGCAAGAAAGCUGCUGAUUUGAAAGCGGCAGAAGCCAAAGCAGUUACUGUUCAUAAAGACAGUCUACGACAUGCCUCUUAUUGGCAGUGGUUCUGGUGCUUUUGCGAUCGGCGUGCCCCCGAGUGGUACGAAAGUCAACUAAAGAGGCGGUCCUUGCUGUACUGGCUUCGGAACUUCCGUACCAAUCGCGAGCGUGAGCAAGAGAUUGUCCUCCACAACAGAAAAACGUCACUAGCUAGUGUGCUUCAGGCCUGGUCCCUGAAAUCGAAGGCCAUUGCUUCUGCGCAACAGAAAGCCGAAGGCUCUCAGCGUUACCACGCUCUCAAAGAGACAUUUGACGAGUGGAAAAUCCAAGCCAAGCUAGCUCCUGCUGCUAGCCAGGUGACCAAAAUGGUGGACUGCAGAAUUCUGCGAACUGCUCUCUCGAAAUGGAUUGGAAAAGCCCGUCUGGCUGAACAAGCAGUAGAGAUGGACCGGAUCCGAGUUGAGCGAAAUGCCUGGGUAUCAUGGAAUGAUACACUGCGUUGUUUGGCUCUCCAAGCGCGAAUUGAUGAGCGAUUGAAGAUGGAAACUAUGUAUAAAUGGGUCUUAAUGGAAAGAUUUCAGUUGAUGCGCCGAAUACGGGAGCAGCGCAUCAAGCGCGAAGUGUUUUCCCGAUUUGUGACGAACACUCGAGACACUUACACCCAACUCCUCUCCCACGCAGAGGUACAUGAAGACCACUGGGCUGAAGAGCUAGUGCGCUCAAAAUUCGCCAUCUGGCGAGACCAACUGUUGCUUCAGCGGGAGCGUGAAUAUACCGCCUUCGAAUUCUAUGCUCCUCGCCUCGCACAAGAAUCUAUGAUGGCGUGGAGAUCUAAACAUCAACAGAUUGUGAAGAUGGAGAGCUGGGCUCGUGAUGCUGAAUUUUACUUCCUCAUGAAACGAUCCUUGAAGAAUUGGCAUCAGGCCACGUUGGACUCUGCUAAACGACGGCGCAAGGAUGCCUAUUCGAAGAUGCGGCGGAAGGUCAAGGUCAACAUGGCUUCCAAAGCCCUUUCCACAUGGGCAUCCAAGACUCAGGUCAUUACGAACAUGGAACAACAAGCGGCAGAGCUUGACAAGCAGAAAUUACUGAGUGACGUGGCUGAUAUUUUCAGUGGCUGGCAUGCAAAGACUCUCAAAAGGGUGCAGGAUUACCAGGAAGCUGAUUUGCACUAUUUCCGUCAGAUUGCUUUUGACCAGUUGAUCCAACUUUCGGAGACCUAUGUGAUUCGUCGUGAGAUGGAAGACCAGGCCGACUCCGUGUACCGCAGACACGUCCUCUUCCAUGCAGGUGCAUCCCUUCGCAAGCUCAGCCUUCGAAUAUUCCAGAUGAGGAGCACUGUUGAGACCGCGGAGGCGAUGCGGGAAAGAACCUUGCGCAAGCAUUCCAGGAAUCUUUUCCGCCACUGGGUGGAUAGCACUCACCUCAAGCUUGAAGCUCGUGAUUCGCCGGGACCUGCCUUGACAUCCACUCAACACUCGAGGUUCGGAGAAGUUGAGCGCCCCGGGUCUGCCCUAUUCGACCCGUGGUAUCAAAACCCCUCCGAGACUCCCUUUAAGAUGACUGAUUUCACGACGAAUUCCACGGAGCCGGUCUCCGCAAGCCCUCUGGCCACACCAAACUAUAUGACCUCGCCGUCUAAGCGUGCUGCUCGGGCACGAGCACUCGCGCAGAUGUCCACGACCCCUGCCACGCCCCUACACACACCAUUUGCCAGUCGAUUGCUACGCGCUGAAGCUUCAGCCCCUCGAACUGCGUCUUCCCGACGACCACAAACAGGUCGGAGAAGCUUUACAGGGACCAGCGUCCGAUUUGUGGACGAAGAACUACCCGAAUCUCCCACCGAUGGCCGGCGGUCGGCCAAUCGACGACCCUAA